AUGGAGGUGGACCUGUCGUUCGGGGCGGUGGCGGCGAUCUGGGAGGGCGAGGUGGCGCGGGAGAUGCCGCUGGUGCUUCAGGUUCUGGUGGUGCGCACGUGUUCGUGCCCAAAGCGGCCAGAACCAGGAUGGUGCCAUGCGGCGCUCUCCGACGGCGCCCACCUCAUUGCCGGUCAUCUGCGCCUCGACGAAACCGCCUCGGCAGCCGUCCGGGCGGCCCCGCGUGGUUACGGCGCCGUGGUCCGCCUCCUCGACUUCGAGACCAGAACAAAUAUCGAGGGUGCGAGGUCAAUUGACUCUGAACAUGCUGAAGUGCUGCGUACUUCCUUGAAAAUUGGGGAUCCCAAAAGAUACCAGCCUGGCUACUUGGUAAAAAAGCAUGAGAAAUUGGAUGCUCAAUUAGUGACUAGUUCUUCCAAACAGAACUUUAGAGCCCAUCCUAUCGGUCAAGGCUUGAAACAGCUUUUGAUGAGGGGGGUGGUGGCGAUGUUGCAGCAUCCUGUGAUGCAGGUGGUUGGUGUCUCACUAUUGAGACCAGAGCCAAAAACUCUCGUGAAGUACCAUUUGAUCCUCUCUGAUGGUGUGCAUACACAGAAUGCUACGCUACAUCCCCGCCUCAACGAUCUAGUCAAGGAAACUCACCUCCGCAAGGGCACCAUUGUCCGCCUCCUCGAUUUUGUUUGCUGUAAUGUUCGGUAUCGCAGUAUUAUCACUGUUUGGCAACUUAAAGUGCUGCCGAUAGAGUGUGAGUUGAUUGGAAGCCCCAAAGCAUGUGAGCUCUGUUGCAUUGAAAAAGUCUAUGGACUCGACAGUGAAUCUAUUGAACCAUAUUCUGGAUCAGUGUCCAAUUAUGCUCAACCAAAUAAUGGACCCUAUUUUACUUGUCAAGGCUUGAAUUGGUACCUUACUCAGGGUGCAGUAGUGGCAAUAAUGGAGGGUGAGAUGGCGGUAGAGCGGCAGCCAGUGCUGCAGGUGGUUGAUUUCUCACUAGCGAGUCACAAUGGGUUCAGCUUUUACCGUAUACUGCUCUCAGAUGGUGUCCACCAGGUGUACGUCAACCUCUUUCCCCACCUAAGCCACCUGGUUGAGGGCAGUUGCCUCCAGAAAGGUACAAGAGUCCGCCUUCUCAGGUUCAUCCGUGACACAGUCGACCAGGACCAGAAUUGCAGGAUUGCCAUUGCUGUGGAACUUGAAGUACUCCAAACAGAAUGUGAGCUGAUUGGAAACCCAACCUUCUAUGAGCUUGGAAAUAAACAGAGCCACUCCAACUUGGAGUCCUUACUGCCCAUUUCUGGAAGCUUCUGCAAGGAUCAGGGAGGCAUGGAGAUGCAGGCAAGCCUGACGUGGGGAGCUGUGGCGGCCAUCUGGGAGGAUGUGGCUGCGGUGGUGCAGCCAGUGCUGCAAGUGUUUGACCUGCUUGUAUGGGCAGAGAUGGAUGAACCAUGGUUAUCCCCUAUCUUGCUCUCGGACGGCACCCAUUUGAUCCGCGGCGGCCUUUCCCCAUACAUAAUCAGCUCAUCGAUCUUCAGGGACAGCCGCCUCCACAUGGGCGCAGUGGUCCGACUCCUUGAGUUCACGUGCCACAAUGACAGAAGUGAGAGGGUCAUCGUUGUGUUAAAACUUGAAGUGCUGCGGACGGAUUGCACGAUGGUUGGAAAUCCCAAACAGUAUCCAUCUGGCAAGUUCGAAAACAAGCGUGAGGAAUUGGACGCUGAAUCACUGUCCAGUAAUGCCAAACUGAACUGUGAAGCCUAUUCUGCUGGGCAACGCCUGAAGGAAUUCCUGACAAGAAGGGGGAUGGUAACCGCAUUGCAGCAGCCUGUGAUGCAGGUGGUUGAUGUGUCACUGAUGAGAUCAGAGCUGAAGAAGUUUGGGAGGUACCACUUGAUACUUUCUGAUACUGUGCACACACAGUAUGCUACACUAGCACCCGGCCUGAAUCACCUGGUUGAAAACAUUCUUCUCAUCAAGGGUUCCAUCAUCCGCCUCCUUGAGUUUAUUUGCGAUACCGCCAAGAGUCCCAGUAUGAUCAUUGUUAUCCAACUUGAAGUACUGCAAACAGUAUGUGAACUGAUUGGAAGCCCUAAAGCAUAUGAGCUCUCAUUAUUUGAAAAACCCUAUGUGCCUGAGGGUAAAUAUGGGGAACCAUAUCCCAGAUCAGUGGCCAAUUAUGCUCAACCAAUGAAUGGACCCUGUCCUAGUGGCCAAGGCUUCAAGGGCCAUCUGACUUGGGGGGCAGUGGUGGCAAUUCUGGAGGGUCAGAUGAUAGCAGAACAGCAGCCAGUGAUGCAGGUAGUUGAUGUCUCAAAAGAUAAUCAAGAACGGUACCAUAUUUCGCUCUCAGAUGGUGUCUACUGGAUGUGCGGUUUUCUCAUAUCCAACCUAAGACACCUGGUUGAUAAUAAUUGCAUCUGCAUAGGAACUGUAGUUCGCCUCCACAAGUUCUUCUUUGACACCUUCCGGAAUUGCAGGACCAUCUUUUUUGCUCAAUUUGAAGUGCUCGAAAAGAAAUGGGAGCUGAUCGGUAGCCCUACCUAUAAACCUGUAAACAAGCAGAAGGGAUCGGACGCUGGCCAUGCUUCCUACAUUCCUGCAGACGCUGUGGGACAAUCCUCAGGCCAAUCUCAUCCUAGAUACAAAGGCACCCCAGGUUGA